AUUGUCAUGUGCAUUGAUCUUCACUCUGAUGAGGACUCAGACGUGAUAACACUCCUGGUUCCCUGUCCCCGUAUAAGCUGGCGUGAGUGCUUCUAGCAGUCUUCCCUCCAUUUGCCACAGCUAUUGGAUUUCCCACCCAGAAUCUUUAGGUAGAUGAGAUCAUGAUUCUGGAAGGAAGUGGUGUAAUGAAUCUCAACCCCAGCAACAAUCUUCUCCACCAGCAGCCAGCCUGGACAGACAGCUACCCCACGUGCAAUGUUUCCAGUGGGUUUUUUGGAGGCCAGUGGCAUGAAAUCCAUCCUCAGUACUGGAGCAAGUACCAGGUGUGGGAGUGGCUCCAGCAUCUCCUGGACACCAACCAGCUGGACGCCAGCUGCAUCCCUUUCCAGGAGUUUGACAUCAACGGCGAGCACCUCUGCAGCAUGAGUCUGCAGGAGUUCACCCGGGCAGCGGGGACGGCGGGGCAGCUUCUUUACAGCAACCUGCAGCAUCUCAAGUGGAAUGGCCAGUGCAGCAGUGACCUGUUCCAGUCCACGCACAAUGUCAUUGUCAAAACUGAACAAACCGACCCUUCCAUCAUGAACACCUGGAAAGAAGAAAACUAUUUAUACGACACCAACUAUGGUAGCACAGUAGAUUUGCUGGACAGCAAAACUUUCUGCCGGGCCCAGAUCUCCAUGACAACCACUGGUCACCUUCCCAUUGCAGAAUCACCUGAUAUGAAAAAGGAGCAAGACCACCCGACAAAGCCCCACACCAAAAAGCACAAUCCACGAGGGACCCACUUAUGGGAAUUCAUCCGCGACAUCCUGCUAAACCCAGACAAGAAUCCAGGGUUAAUCAAGUGGGAAGACCGGUCUGAGGGCAUCUUCAGGUUCUUGAAAUCAGAGGCUGUGGCUCAGCUAUGGGGGAAAAAGAAAAACAACAGCAGCAUGACCUACGAAAAACUCAGCCGAGCCAUGAGAUAUUACUACAAAAGAGAAAUUCUGGAACGUGUGGAUGGACGAAGACUGGUAUAUAAAUUUGGCAAGAAUGCACGUGGAUGGAGGGAAAAUGAAAACUGAAGCUGCUGACACCUUUGAACACAAAGCUAAAUACCCCCUCAAAUGAUAACCAACCAUGAAGUUCCCGGACGUAAAUAUUUCAAAGACUACUUGUUUUCUGAUAUUUAUGUACCACAAGGGGGAAAAAAUACAUCUACUUCUAACAGGAAGAAGGAACAUGACAGUUGAUAAAAUUAUUUUGUUACUUUUGAAGUAUGUCCUAUAUGGGGAACAAACGUACACAGUUUUCUGUGAAAUAUGACGCUGUGUCUGGUUGUGAUUUUUGACUCUAUUGUGAAGUUCUUUUCUGCUGCAAGAAGGACAGAGUCUUGUGCUUCUUGUUAAGAGAAAGAAAAAUAAUCAGAGGGCAUUAAAUGUUUUUAUAUGCAAAAUGAUUUAGGAAAAGGUGACGUGUCCUCCACACGUAAGCAUUCACGUGGCCUCCUCAAGUGAGGUGGAUGUGGUCGCCAGGAUGAACUUCAGGGUCUCAGAUUGAUGGGAUGAACCAGAAGGAUGCUUGGGAUGUUUACCUUGACCUUCAGGAGUGAGUGAGUGGAGACUGAGGACUUCCGCAGUCCAGGGUGGACUGUAAUCACUGCAUAAUCACAGAAAUUUCUUGUUUAAAUCAGAGAAGAAUAAUGGUGCAGGGGGCUUUAUACUCAUUCAGGAAUGAUUUACCUGGUGUGAAGUCUAUCUUCCCUCCUCCUUUUCGACUCAUUGGUAAAAAACUUCAAUUGCCACCUCUGCUUACUUUUGGUUGUUUAAGAGAAGGUCUGUCUUUGGUUAUUUUUAUAUUAAUUGCUUAAAAAAUAAGUGGGAAAAGGAGAUGAUGAGUUUUCUCUUGUAUUCCCAUUGUCUGUGGUUUCAAAAUGGGCACAAUUGACAUUUUUGGCUGAAUUCUUCUUCGUUGUGUAUUAUUCUGGCUGUAGUGUGUGUUUUGAGAUGUUUAGCAUAUCUAUGACCUCUACCUACUAUAUGCCAAUAGCACUGUGGUCGUCAGAGUUGUCACAACCAAAAAUGUCUCUAGACAUUGCCAAAAGUCCCCCAGGUUGGGUAGGUGGAGAACCACUGGUUUAGCUAGUGAAGAUGAAGAUGGUGAUUUACUCUCAGAACAACAGCAGCAAAAAUCCCUGGCGUGAAGACUUUAAAGUCAACCUAUUUUUCAUUUUUAAAAUGUUGGGACAAUGGGUUGAAAUUGCUAGAGGGACUUCUUUUCAGAACCCCAGAUGACAGCUAGAAUCAGAUAACUUAAACAAGAGCUAACAAUACAACACAUUUUCAGUAGAAUGACAAAACAGAGAAAAAAUGAUAUUAUGGAAGGAAACACAGAGGAGAGAGAGGGAGACAGACAGACAGAGAGAGGUUAGUGCCAGGGAGAUACAUUCGUAGAUAUCGCUUCUUAUAAUCUUUCCUCUUUUGGAUAACCUUCCUGUCUCAUUUUAACUCAUUCCAAAGUGAACUCUGUCUUGCCUAGAUUUGGAUCUAGAGGAAUGUUAAACAAACAAACAAACAAACAAAAAGACUAAAGAAGGGAAGGAUGGAAGAGAAAAACAGAAAACUCAGUUCAGGAGCUGUGGUCAGGAAGGAGUUAUAGAUGUUCCUCAGUAUCUGUACUUCGACAAUGCUGAGUAGCACCUCUGGAGGUGACCAAGCCAGGCAGAAAGAAAAACAACUCAGUUGUACCUUCAGAAGGUCAUUCAUCUCACUAAGCUGUGCCCCAAGGUCACUGGCCAUCGUGGCUCUCCUUAGAAGGAUGACGAGCAGCACAGAUCUGAGACCUUCCCGCGAGAAAGACAAACCUUGCUCUCCAAGCAAGGCUAUAGAACUGAGGCUUUCCCAGCAGUUGACCAUACUUUCCGCAGAAGAGAUUAAACUUCCAGAUAUUUGAAUUAAUGUAAACACGUGAAUGUUUGCGUGUCUGUGUGUAGUUAUUAAGAGACAUCUGCUAAUUUGCUCUCUGCUGUCCUCUGGCUUGGCCUGUUCAUCAUCUAAGCUGCCUGGAUCAUUCUCUGAGCUCUCCCUUCUUUAAAACUGUAAGUGUCUUUCUCAUGUUCCUCCAAAAUUGGUCUUGGCUCUUUCUUCACCCUCUCUGCUGAAGAGCCACCCCUGCUAGGUAGUGAGUCUGGGGUGUACUGCCUGCAACACUGCAGAUAAUUAGCAGACUGUGUUAUCUGUUGAAAGUGACGGUUUCUUGGCACCUCGUUCCUACUUAAAUAGGUUGGCGUAUUAAGUUCUCAGCAUAUCUCUCUAUUGUCUUGGCUUGAGUUGGAUGCAUUUUCUAUGUGCUAUUCGUGACUUGGAGAACUCAAGGUAAUUGAGCCAUGCCAACUUGGGGUGUGAGCAGAAUCUUUCCCACCCCAUUGUUGCAAGGGAGAGCAAAAUCUCAGCAACAAGCCAGCAGCAGGUGAAGCCCCCUCCUUUUGGCAACUCACAGCUUCUCAUUUGAGAAGCUCUCAUCUGAGCCAACACCCCUAUGAUCACUACGCAUGGCCUCCUUAAACCCUUCUUACACUAAAGGCUUGGGCUCUUUUUAUUUUUGCAUGGGAACCUGAGGAAGGAAAUGUAUUGCUAAGACUUUACUAGAUUCAGAGCAUCUGGGGCCUCUAGAUAAUUGACUUGAUGAAACGAGCAAAGCUCUGACCCCCAGCGACAUGCCUACAACUUCUGGAAGUUGCUUUCUGAGCAGCACAGACCAGGACAGUGAGUUUUCCUUUGAAAUGUGCUUGUUCUGUUUCAAACUGUUCUCUCGCUAGACUGUAAGCUCUGUGAGGGCAGGGAUGAUAUCUUAGCAAUACUGUUUUUUUUCCAAUGCCUACAUGAGAUAGGUCCUUAGUAAACUAUAUGAUGAGUUAAGAAAUAAAUGUCUUCUGGAAGACUCCUCAGAUUGGGAGCCCAUAUCCAUAAUUGUGAUGUAAAUUGUUUCUUUACUGGACGAAGAGCACAACAGCCAAAACUUCAAGGACUUACUAUCUGUCAGAUGAACAUUUUACUGUGAGGUUCUUUACUUUGCCUUCCUACCUGCGCUGAAAUAAAACCAAGACAGGUUAUUUGGUUCUGCAAAUCAACCUAUGUUGUGUGAGAAUUCUGUCACCUCACUGGGAACUGUGAGAAUUACCUGGUAUAUGAGAAGCCAGUCAUGAACCUUGAACCUGUCUUAAACGAUGAAGAUUAUGAAUGUUUAUAUGAUGUAAAUUUCUAUUUAAGUGUAAAGCAGUUCUAAGUUUUAGUAUUUGGGGGUUGGUUUGUAUUUUUUUUUUCUUUUUGAAAAAUAUUGAGGGAUCUUUUGAUAAGGUUAGUCAUGCACAUUAGAUUUUAGCUUUGCAAGUGUGUUGUUUUUCAAAUGUAUAAAAUAUAGGAGAAGUUAAAAUAGUAAGAGAAAGAGGCAGUUAUAUUAUUCUUCUAUAGUUAAAAAAAAAGUUUGUUGAGUGCCUACCCAUGUGCACAGCAUGGAACCAUCUUUGGGAGGAGUUUAUCUAACUGUAUGGGGUAUAGGAGAAACUCCAUAGGAGCCCAUGGAAUGGCUACUUCCUGUGUGAAAGAAAGUACGUGAGCUGAAUUAGCCUCAGCAUUGCUUGUCAGGAUUCCAUUUCUGGAAUAAGAGAGAGAACAUUGAAUAAAAACGUGUUGAGACUGGGUGUGGCAAACCACUGAAAUGUGUAAGCCUUCAUGAGUUUAGCUUAAUUGGGAUUUAUCUUUCUGUAACUGUCUGCCUAAUUCUUGCUUUUCUUCCCAUCUGGCUUCUGGGUUGACAUUUUUUGGGGAAGCAACCCUACUGCCGCUAUUUUUUUUUUAACAAUCAGAAACCUUGCCCUUGAAACUGUGUUAAAUUCAAACUGAGUAUUUCUGUUUUAUGAAAUAAUUAUUUUUUUCAAAAUACAGGUGUUUUUUUGUUUGUUUGUUUGUUUGAUGGGUCCCAGAAAACACUAAUAAAAACUACAGAGACCAGCC